UAUUCUUUUUCUACAUCCACGGUCCACCCCCUGCCUUCUUCACUCUCCCCUCACACUCACUCUCCGCCACAAAAAGCCAUGAAACCACUAACGCCCCUUCUCCUCCUCACCGUCUUAGCCCUCCAGAGGUUCCUCACGGUGGCCGGAGGAGACGGGUUCGUUCGGACGAGAGGGAUCCACUUCAUGCUCAAUGGCAGCCCCUACUACGCCAACGGCUUCAACGCCUACUGGCUCAUGUACUUGGCCUCUGACCCGUCACAGCGGCCCAAAGUCUCCAACGCCUUCCGUGAGGCCGCCUCCCACGGCCUCACCGUCGCCAGGACGUGGGCCUUCAGCGAUGGCGGCUACCGGCCCCUUCAGUACUCACCUGGCUCCUACAAUGAGCAGAUGUUUCAGGGAUUGGAUUUUGUGAUAGCUGAAGCAAGAAGGUACGGAAUCAAAUUGAUAUUGAGCUUAGUGAAUGACUAUGAAAACUUCGGGGGCAAGAAGCAGUAUGUGAACUGGGCAAGAAGCCGAGGCCAGCCCUUGUCCUCCGAAGAUGACUUCUUCCGGAAUCCUGUCGUCAAGGGCUACUACAAGAGCCAUGUCAAGACGGUCCUUAACAGAUACAACACCUUCACUAGAAUCCACUACAAGGACGACCCGACGAUCAUGGCCUGGGAGCUCAUGAAUGAGCCUCGAUGUACUUCGGACACUUCGGGAAGAACCAUCCAGGCUUGGGUAAUGGAGAUGGCUUCAUUCGUAAAAUCGAUAGACCGGAAACACUUGCUGGAGAUCGGCUUAGAAGGAUUUUAUGGGCGGUCAACUCCUCAACGGAAGAGGGUGAAUCCCAGCAUUGAUAUCGGAACAGACUUUAUCGCAAAUAACCGUAUCCCUGGAAUUGACUUUGCCACGGUUCAUUCAUAUCCUGAUCAAUGGUUAUCGAGCUCGAAUGAUCAAUACCAGCUCUCCUUCCUGAACAACUGGCUGAACACCCACAUUCAAGAUGCCCAGUACAUUCUUCAGAAACCACUGCUCCUUACAGAGUUUGGAAAAUCACGGAAGGACCCCGGCUUCAGCACAUACCAGAGAGACCAGCUCUUCAACACUGUCUACUACAAGGUCUACUCGUCGGCCAAACAUGGUGGGGCAGCCGCAGGCAGCCUCUUCUGGCAGCUGCUGACGGAGGGCAUGGACUCGUUCAGGGAUGGAUAUGAGAUAAUCCUGGGCGAGGGCUCCUCAACUGCUAAUCUGAUCUCUUAUCAAUCCCACAAGCUCUAUCAGAUUCGGAAGAUCUAUGCGAGGAUGAGGAGUGUCAACAGGUGGAGGAGGGCACGGGGAGACCGGAACAGGGGAAGACGGAUCGGGAGUUGAAGCUUGAAUGGAUGAGAAACGGAUUUUGGGAUCAAAAGGUUCGACAUAUUUAGAUUCAAAAUGUUAGUGCCGUUACUGAUGUCUCUCUUAGUGAUGAGUUCUUUUCAUCCAGGGGAGUGGUUAGCUUAGCUAGCAUAGUUGAGUUUUGAGUGUCGAAAUUAAAGGUUUGGUAUAAGCUUUCACCCCGAACUUAAGAGAGUGAAUUGAUUUGUAACCGAGAAGGCUGUGGUCGCUUAACAUGGUGAUCAGAAGCCAUGAGUGGAUGCCUACUGUAAAUUAUGCUAGGAAGAAUUCUAUCGACUUAUGUCAAGAGGAGCCUGUGUGCAAGCUUCUUUAUAGACCUAAUGAAAGAUUCCUAUUCCGAAGUGCAAACCUGCAGGCCCAAGAACUGCAUUUGAGCCAAAUUUUUGCCUGGUGAGACAACGAGAUUGGAUUUGAUGGCCUCGGGGCUUUUGCUGGCCUUGCAAGGCUUGCUAUCCGCAACCUCGUUAGCUGGAUCUGACGGAGGAGCUUCUCCAUGGGAAUCCAGAAUUCACCUUAGGGUCAUCGGAAACUGCCUCCUCUUGCUGUAAAACAGCACAAGGAAAGGUAGAGGGGUCAUAGUUAUUCUCCAGUGGAAAUAAUUGGUUGUAUUCGUUUUUACGUUCGGAAGAUCGGUAAGUAGAGUGAUCAAUGAAUUCUGUGAGGACAUGGCUGAGUUAAUCCGAUAUGUGGUGAGGCUUGAGAAGAAAAACCUGGCCAAGGAGAGUAUGAGAGCAGGAAAUAGCCUCAGCUUGGAGUAUAUUGAUAUUGGAAUCCAUAGACCUACAUUUGGGAAGUUGUUGGGUCAGUCUCUGCAAUGUGGAUAGUGGCUAAGGCCCAUGUGCAUAUAAAAAACACAUGGAUGGUUAUCGGGCUUAAGCCCAUGGACUUAAUAAAAUGCACCCACAUAUAAAGGCAAGGAGUCAGGGCCCAUUAGGGAGUAGAUUUUCGACCAGCAGCAGUAGAUGGAGAUCAGGAGCAGCAGCAUGAAGCAGAGGAGUCGUCUGUCAGUUUCUGCUCCGACUAGCUUCGGGAAAAUCGCUGGUACGACUUUGUUCUCCGUUGGAUCGUGCUCAAAUUUUGAGGGAAGGUUCUAUACUCGUAGCUCUCCAUUCUGAACGGUGGAGAUGGGAAAAGAAGACGUGUGGCCUGUGUUCUGAGCCACGACAGUUUGCUCCUUUGUAUUUGGUGAAAUCUCUUCAGCUCAAAGUUCUAGUGUUGUUGUUUGGUUGUGGUAGCCAAGAAGUUGAUUCUUGAUGAGAUUUGAGUUGAUUGAGUCGUGUAUGCCCCUAUUUGUUAAUUAUGCAAGGGAAUAACUUCUUGCAUACUCCCGGUUAUUGUUGAUAGUGGAGUUUUGUGGGUGCCCUCGUCGGGCCGUGGUUUUACUCCUCACAUCGAGUAGGUUUCAACGUUAAAAUCUUGGCGUCCAUUUCCCAUUUGGUUGGUGCUAUUGGUUAUAUUUGUUGAUUGCUCCACUUGGUUAAGUUCGCACAAGCAGGGAUUUCGGAUUCCCCACCAGAGCUUGGUUUGGUUGCUUGGGUGGUUUUCUUGUGCUGAACAUGAAGGUCAAUACCAGUGGAAUGAUUAUGUUGAAUGGGUGUAACUAUGCUCUUUGGAAAGCAAUGAUGGCGGAUUUGCUUUAUGUGAAGAAUUAAUACAUGCCUGCUUUUUCCAUAGAGAAACCCAAUGACGAGCGAUGAGCAGUGAACUGUGAUGCAUCGGCAAGUGUGUGGAUUCAUCAGACAUGGGUUGAAGAAAACGUGUUGAACCAUAUUUCUGGGGAGACACAUGCUCGAACAUUAUGGAGCAAGCUUGAGGAGUUAUAUGCUUGCAAGAUUGGAAACAACAAGUUCUUCUUGAUGAAGCAGUUGUUGGCUCUCAAAUACGCCAAAGACACUCUCGUGGUAGAUCACGAGAAUACCUAUCAGGGCCUUGUGAGUCAGUUGCCAGUCAUGAGUGUCAGAUUGAUGAUGAAAUGCUAGAGCUAUGGCUGCUUGGGAGUUUGCCAGACACGUGGGAGACAUUUAGAACUUCGGUAUGCAACUUAGCCCCGAGAGGUGUGGUCACACUAGACUUGGCCAAAAGUAGCGCUCUGAAUGAAGAGAUAAGAAGGAAGUCAUUGGGUUCCACCUCCCAGUCAGAUGUUUUAGUAACCGAGAGUAAGGGGAAGAAAGGGUGCGGGUCGAAGAACAAGAAUGAUAGCAGCAGGAGUAAGUCAACAAGCAAGUUUGCAAACAUCGGGUGUUAUCACCGCGGGAAGAAAGGGCAUACCAAGAAAAUUUGCAGACAACUCAAGAGGGAGAAAAACAAGAACAAGAACAAGAACAAGAACGAUGAGAAGAAGAAUGAUGACAAUAGUGAUGAAGAACGAGUUGCCACUACUGUUGAAGAUUUUCUCCUCGUCUAUGACAGUGAGACUGUUAACCUAGCUUGCCAUGAGACGAGUUGGGUUAUCGACACGUUCGCUUCUACUGAUACCACAGCCCAGAAGGAUUUCUUUGCAACUUAUAACGGCAGGUGAUUUCGGGGUUGUUAGGGUGGGUAAUGACAGCGUGGCGAAGGUAGUCGGGAUCAGAAUAUCCAUUUGGAGACUCAUAAUGGAUCCAGACUGAUUCUCAAAGGUGUGAAGCAUGUUCCAGAUAUUCGUCUCAAUUUGAUCUCUACUAGCAAGCAGAGUCUUGGCCAUAUGAGAGAGAAGGGUAUGGCUACGUUGGCUAAGAAGAAUGUUUUGUCUGGUUUGAAGACUGUGCCUUUGUAGAAGUGUUCUCAUUGCUUGGCAGGGAAGCAAAACAGAGUAUCCUUUAAGGCACAUCCUCCUUCCAGGAAGCAGAAUGUACUUGACUUGGUGCAUUCAGAUGUAUGAGGUCCUAUGAAGACUCGAUCAUUUGGUGGCUCUCUUUACUUCGUCACCUUCAUUGAUGACCACUCUCGAAAGCUAUGGGUUUACAACUUGAAGCGUAAGUUGAGCCGAACUCCGAGCAUGAGGACAAGUUGUAUAUUUCUACCGGACCGGUCACCAUAGCAUGUGCCAAGAAAUUGGAGCAAGCCUUGCAGAACUUAUGGACGCAUAUUCGAGAAGAGGCACGCAGUUCGAGAGACGAACAAGUCGACUUGGGGCUGAUUUUGGUCAUCAAAAGUGCUGGACCUCAUCAGUACACAUCGGGACAUUAAAGGAUUAUCACAACUACUUCAAAUCUGGUUGGAAUGCCUUCUAGAAGAUGGCUACCAACAUUUGACCGAAUUUUCAACCAAACAUUAAUGAUCACUCUUGUUGGUUGACUUAUUCAAUGUUUUUCGCUUUUCCUAUGCUAGGAACUUGUACUUUCUUUAGUUGUUUUCAGAUUACAAGAGCAUUAUAAGCUUUCCUUA